AUGCUGGCAUUUCGCCUGAAGACAAGCCAGGAUUGUGCCAGUUCAAACUCAAACUGACACCAGGAGCUGUCUAGGAAGUGCUGAGACACCACCACAAUGACUUUCCGGCUACCCAUGAUGCCUUCAUCCACUAUAUUGGAGGUCAUCCCCAGUCUCCAAUACUCAUGCUUCAGGAGAAACCUGAGCUACAUACCAACCAGUAUCCCUCCCUCCACACAACAUUUGGACUUCAGUUUUAAUUACCUCACAACACUGCAGAGACACAUGUUCCCGAGAUUACCAUUACUACAACAUCUUGAUCUCACAAGAUGUCACAUACAAAACAUUGACAAUGGGGCCUUCUUUAAUGUAAGGAAUUUGUCUGUUUUGGUUCUCACUGGAAAUCCACUCAAAUAUUUUGGAAGAAGCAGCAUUAAUGUUUUGGAAAAAAUACACAAGCUUGUUCUAGUAGAAAUCGGUCUGCUUUCACUGGAUAGUCUGAAUUUACAGAAUUUAACAAGCCUAAAGGAGUUGAAACUUGGAACAAACAGAAUAUUAUGUGUGGCCCUUCCAACGUAUAGUGUCACUUUCAAAGGUUUCACUUUACUGGACCUUCAUAGAAACAACAUAUCUGUUAUCAGAGCUGAUGACACCUCUGUUUUGCGUCAGAUGGGUAGCAAUGUAACUUUGAUAUUGUCCAGAAACCCUAUAUCCUUCAUAGAAACAGGAGCAUUUGCAGGUCUUUAUUUUAAAGAGAUCAAUCUCUUUGACACCUUCAUCUCGUCCACAGUUGUUAGAGAUAUUACUGGAGGUCUCAGUGGUUUAAACGUGAUAAGAUUGAAAAUUGGAAAUUUCGAGGAAAGCACCUGGCAAGAAACAGUAGGCCUACUUCUAGAUUACAUUUGUUACCAGUUCUAUAUACAUUACUGCUUCAUAUUGCUAAGAGGCUACAGAAUGUCUAGACAACAAGAAUGCUCUUAUGAUGCCUUUGUGAUCUACUCAAGCAAGGAUGAAACCUGGGUGUUGGAUGAGCUUGUGGAAAACCUUGAGAAAGGACAUCCUCCAAUUCAGCUUUGCCUGCAUGAGCGAGAUUUCCAAGCAGGAAAGUCGAUUACCUCCAAUAUAGUGGAUGAAGGCAUCAUGGGUAGCCGGAAAGUCAUUGUGGUGGUGUCUCAGCAUUUCCUAAACAGCUCCUGGUGUCAGUUUGAGUUUGAACUGGCACAAUCCUGGCUUGUGUUGAGGCGAAAUGCCAGCAUCAUCAUCAUCAUUCUGGAAGAUGUGGAAGAUAAGAAAAUAAAGAGACUGUUUAGACUUCAUAAGUAUCUGAAAAAGAACACCUACCUCAAGUGGAAGGGGAAUGCUCUAAGCAAUAUCCGGUUCUGGGCCCGUCUCAGAAAAGCCAUUAUUGCUAAGAACUGA